GAGGAAGAGUUGUACAAAGAGGACCCAACAUAGAAUCCAAGUUAUAGUGAGAUUGAGGAAGAGGAGGAAUACAACCUAGAUCUUGACAUGGAUUUGGAAAUGUCAUUAUGUAUACCUCAGACACAUCACCAUGAACACUUGCCAAUGGCUGAAGAUCCCAUUGAAAUGGAAGAGGUUGAUGUUGAUGAUGAGCUUACAGAGGAUGAAGGAGACACUGUGGAAACAGACACUCAACAUGAUCCUGUGGAAGAAAGGAAAUCGAUAUGCUUCCAAAGUGCCCUGGUGGAACUGGCCUCACUUCGAAUACCCACAACUUGUCAAAGAAAAGCAUGUGGUGCAAAUAUCACUGUCCAGUGCAGAUAUGUUGGAUGUGCAGUACAAUUGAAAUGGAAAUGUUCCAAUGGCCAUCAGAUCCAUACAUGGGACUCUCAACCCAGAAUUAAGAGGGUGUAUGUAGGCAACUUCCUCGUAUCUGCAGCCAUUUUGAUGAGUGGAAACAAUUACGCUAAAGUUGCCCUUCUAGCGAAGUUCAUGAACUUAGCAAUGAUUGGCCUUACAUCUCAUCAGAGAGUACAGCGAGUAUUCACAGCCCCUGUCAUCAAUUCAUACUAUGAAGAGAUGAUGCAGAGAACUUUGGCGAAAUAUCAAGGAAAAGACAUUGUCAUUGCCGGUGAUGGGAGAAAUGAUAGUCCUGGACAUUCCGCAAUGUUCUGCACAUACACAUUCCUGGAGUAUGAGUCUAAGGAUAUUGUUGCAUGUGAAAUCAUCGAUAAGCGCAUGACCCAACUGAAGUCAACUCUGAUGGAAAAGGAAGGCCUCAUAAGAGCAAUGAAGUUCAUUAUCAAUGGCGGCGCCAACAUUAAAGAAGUAUGCACAGAUGCGCAUGUGCAAAUAGCAUACUUUUUGAAGCAAACUUACCCAGAUAUGAAGCACUCUUAUGAUACAUGGCAUGGAGCUAAAAAUCUUGGGAAGAAACUGACAGCUAUUGCAUCAGAGGCCAGAAAUAAGGAGCUGAGGCCGUGGGUCCAGGAUCUAGUCAAUCAUUUCUGGUACUGUUCUAGAAAAGCUCAGGGUGACGAGUCGGCACUGUUAUCAAGAUGGAGAGGAAUUCUACACCAUGUAACAAACAGACAUGAGUGGCUAGUUGGAGAUGGAGCUGGACCAGCAGAAUGCGAGCAUGCCCCUUUGCCUGAACCAGGACCUGAUGAGGAGACAAAGUGGCUUGAUGCAGAAAGUGAUGCCCACCAGGCAUUGGAGAAACUUGUGUAUGACACACGCUUUCUUCAUACACUGAAGUAUUAUGUGAACUUCAGGCACACUGGCGAGCUCGAAAAUUUUCAUGAAAACAUUUUGAUGUAUGCUGCAAAGAGAUUUGCUUACAGCUAUCCAAUGUAUAAGGCGCGCAACCAGUUGGCAGUCAUUGACUACCAAAUGCACAAAGACCGUAAACAUGCCAAGGACAAGUCAGGAAAGCCUAUGUAUGUAAGGAAGUAUUCCAAAAGAAACAAAAAUUGGAGUGCUGUUCCAGUAAAAGAACGGAAAACAUACCAACACAUUCCUGACCUCCUGAGAAAGGUACUAUUUGCCUUAGAACACCAUGUGGGACCAAUCCCAUCAAGGUUUCCCUUGGAGAAAGGUGAUCCAAGACUUAUAAAAAGGACCUUGGCUGAGAUAUCCCCCCUUCCAACAAAGGAACUGGUCCUUAAGAAGAAAUCCAGGUUCCAUGACUGAACUUCUAUCAUCAUACCAGAAUACAUUGUAUACCUGGAAUUGUGAAUAAUGAAAUUUCAAACAUUUACAUUACAAAAUUAUGAAACUAAAUGAACACUAGAAUAAUUUCCGUUACAAAGAUGUUAGUACAAGAGGUCAUGAUUAAUAAACUACAUGUUCACUGAUUUACGAAAUACAUGUUAAAUCCCGAA